CAUGAUUCUUCCCUACGGCAUGUGGCAUGCAGUUAUCGACCUACUGGAUUUAUUCGAGAAAACCAGUUAAAAAAAACCCUAACAUCUUUUUCUUUUCUUUUUUUUCCUCCAUUAUAUCUUAUGAUUGAACAAGUACCCGAAAAUGAUCGUGCAAAGAUGAUUCUUCACGAGUCGUGCAAAGAUGAUUCUUCACUGAUAGUGGAGAAGCAGUAUUCAUCAAGACUAUGUUCCCCUUCCCUUCGCUGGUGAAACGGCUACAUACAUCUCCAUAAAUUAGGAGAGUUUUGUUGGGUUUUUUUCAUGUUUUAGAUGGAACUUUUUGUCGCAAAUUCUACGGUUUUUUGAAAGUGGGAGAUUCCUCUUCCCCCUGUUAUCAAACCCUGGAACCAACCCAAACAGAGAAGAAUCAAGGAAAUGAACAAUAAGGCAUGCAAUGCAGUUAACAGGAUCAGCAGCUCCAUAUCUAAAUUUCCGUCUUGUUUUAUUAAUCUUCCCUUGUUUUUCAUUCUUACUGUUUUUAUCUCUUUCUUCCUCUAAUAAUAAUAUCUUUUCGACUUUUACCCCUCUCACAAACUUUCUUUCAAACCUCUCAUCACCAUCAUUAACUUAUUCCGAUAGUACUAGUGAAUCGGUGUUGGAUUCAACUCGGUUGAGAAAUGAAGAUAAGAGAAAGAAAGAGUUGUUAUUACGGUCAAGAAUUGCUGUGUGCUUAGUUGGUGGAGCAAGAAAAUUCGAACUCACUGGGCCUUCAAUAGCAGAGAAUAUAUUGAACGUUUACCCUAAUGCAGAUCUUUUCUUAAAUUCUCCAUUAGACAAAGACUCGUUCAAGUUUUCAAUUUUCAAAGACAUUGCUCCCAGUAUCGCUUCGAUUCGCAUUUUUAAACCAACUAAGUUGGACGAGACUGAGUUUCAACGGCGCGUCCUCACUCCAAGCGGUUCUCCUAACGGAAGACAAGGUUUGCUUCAAUACUUCAACCUUGUAGAAGGUUGCCUAACACUGAUCAACGCCUUCCAAAUACAGAAUAACUUUACCUAUGACUGGAUCGUCCGAACCCGAGUGGAUGGCUACUGGAACGCUCCUCUUGCCCCAGAUAACUUCUUACCAAAUGAUCAUUACCUAGUCCCAUCAGGUUCAAGGUAUGGUGGAUGCAACGACAGACUCGGAAUCGGUAAUCUCGACACUUCACAAAUCGCACUAUCCCGGCUCUCUCUGAUACCACAACUAGACGCAGCAGGGUUUCGUCAACUCAACUCGGAGACUGCUUUCAAAGAUCAACUCACUACACAAGGUGUAAAGUUCUUGGAAAAUCGUCUUCCUUUUUGCAUAGUAAGUGCUCGCAGGCUCGGGUUUCCACCGAAUGGUCUCCCUGUUGCAUCGAUGUCGAGUCCAGGUCCACUCAGCGGGGCAUAUUGUAGACCAUGUACACCUAUUUGUGUUGGUCCAUGCGCCGAUGAUAUUAUGGCGAUUCUACCAAGUUGGAGCAGGAUUGACGGGGAAAACGGAACACUUCAGUUCUGUGAUGCUCAUGGUGAGUGGGAAUCCGGUUGGGAGAAUAAUUUCGACCGAUUUGCAGGAGAGAAGCUCGUGCAGCUUAGGAAACGAGUUAUCGAGUCGAAAUUCGAAAAAUGUGUGAAAGAUUUUGAUGAGAUGAAGAAACGGACUGUUAACUGGGAUGCCCCAGCUGCUACACAUAUUUGUGGAAUUGUUUCGAGACGUUAGUAAAGAAAGCAAGUUGUUGUCUCCAAGUAAGAGCUCUGAGAAGUAUUGAGUAUUUGGUUCAUCAAAGUACUCUACGAAAGUAGUAUUUUUAUCUUUAGUUUCUGAGUUAUACAUUACGAAAAUGAUGUUCUUAGGAGCGAAACUAGAAGGCUUCCUUUCGGGUCGCAGGUCCCCAUAAAGUUUUUGAAAUUAUACAUCAAACCAUUUGUAUUCUAAUAUUUUGACUAGUCUUGGGACUCGAAGAGUUUGACUCUUCUUGAUAUUUUCAAACUCUUCUUGAAAUUACCGGGUGAUAAUA